UGGCACUCUGUUUGAGGUGAUUACUGCGACCUGCAAUAAAAGGAAAGGCCUUGCCCUCGUACUGAUUGGGUCAUUUAGUUCCUCCUGGCUAGUUUAUAAAGACUGGACAGGGACCGGAGAGGACAGUUACUCUGAAUCAACUCCACAGCCUGGGAUCAUACCUACCUAGUGUUCCUCAGCAGCACAGCAAGUGGACGUAUAGGGUUUGAGUAUGCCACAUUUAACCAACUGUAGUUUCUACAAGAUGAGAGACGCAACUCGAGUUUCCAAUGUUCAAAGUCAUCUGGAGAACUCCAAGUACCAUAUCCAACAGACCCAGCAGGUCAAACAGUAUCUAUCUUUGGGCAGCAAGAUUGCCAGCCAGGCCCACCCGAUUGCCCACACUCACCCAGGACAAGCACUGGGUACCGUGCCCAUCAUGCGCAACGGACACCAAAUGCCACCUGUGAGUGACAGCAGCAUGCCAGGAAGCCCCCUCACCCUGCUCACGCUGGCCAAUCACGAAAACGAGUUUCCAAUGGAUGAAGUAAUUGAUGAUCUUAUUAGCCUUGAAUCCGGGUUCAAAGAUGGGACUUUGGAUUUUAUGGAGCCAGGCAUCAUUAUGCAAAAAAAUGUGUCCCUGAACAACAGCAUGCUGGAGAUGUACGGCAGUGACCAAGGUAUGACUGCCUCUCAUGAUGGACUGACACCCCCCUCAUGCCCCACAAAGUUCUCAGUUAAAAGGGAAGUCACAGAACAUGAUACCAGAGUCUUGGCCAAAGAAAGACAGAAAAAAGAAAAUCACAAUCUAAUUGAAAGACGACGGCGAUACAACAUCAACUACAGGAUCAAAGAGCUUGGAACACUGAUACCCAAAUCAAAUGACCCUGAUAUGCGCUGGAACAAAGGGACGAUCCUCAAGGCCUCAGUGGAAUACAUUAAGUGGCUACAGAAAGAGCAGCAACACACCCGUGAUAUGGAGUGCCGACAGAAGAAACUAGAGCAGGCCAACAGAAGACUUCUUCUACGAAUCCAGGAACUAGAAAUCCAGGCUCGUGCUCAUGGUUUACCCAAUAUGGCUACUUCAAUGGGAGUUGUGGAAAUUUCAUCUCACCUCCUAAAACAGCAACAACAACAGCAGCAGCAACACCAAACCCAAAUCCCAGCAGUGCCUCCAAGCACCCAGGGGCCACUUCAACCUGCUCAGCCACCUCUCUACCCUCAAGAGGACAUGAGUAACCCGGAAUACAUCCAGAGGACAACCAUGCCAACAGCUAUGGGUGCUGGGAACACCGGAGAACAGACUGAUGGCUCCACAACCUUCUCUGAUCCUCUAUCACACUUCACCGACUUCUUCAAUUCCUCCUUGAAAGAAGAACAUCGACUGGAAGAGAUCCUGAUGGACGAUCCUCUCUCGCCCUUCGGUACCGACCCGCUUCUCUCUGCUGGAUCGCCCACAGCAUCCAAAGGAAGCAGCCGCAGGAGCAGUUUUAGCUCAGAGGAAGCAGAUGAACUUUGACAGUCUGGAUGCCAACUGGAGGCCUCAACAAGGGCCUUCAUAUCUGAAACAUUGUGUAACUGACCUCCCAUUUUCCAUUGGACUACAAAGAUGACAGGAAACCAGGCUUGUGCCAGUGUUGAGUCAGACACAUCAAAAAAAGGGAGACUGACUGAUCUACUGACAUUGAUCUACUCUAUAAAGGACUGCCUUUUUGGCAUUAACACUGGCUACAUAUAGCAAGCGGAUUACCAAAUGUACAUUUCUGAAACUUAAUGUCAUUGUUUUUAUGAACCAAUUUUAAAGGAGUUAGAAAGAGAUCAUUUCGUGCCUUAUCCAAAGCUGGCUAACUUUAUUACCACUGAAACCCUAAAGCAAUAGAAAAAAAAAACAACCUUACAUGUCUUUCUGUGUUUCAUAUGUAUUUUUCCAAAAGCAUACAUGUUCAUGUAUUUAUGUUUUAAUCCUUGUAUUCUUUAAAAAAAAAAAUAGAUUUCUUAAUCUAACAUGUUACUUUUUUAUAUGACUCUAGGGGUGUGGGACAACACAAUAAACCCCUUUUUGAUAAAAUGAAAACAAUGUCUUUCGUUAAUUUCAUAUACUAAUAUGUAGGGGUGUAAAAUGCAUCUAUGCAUCAUGGUGCAUCAUUCUAUUAAAGAAAUUUCAAUGCAUCGAUUUUGGAAUUUAACAAUCGAUUAUCAUUACUAUAUUAAUACCAGUCUCAUAUUACACAAACCUUCUCGCAACAGAAUCGGAGUAUGCAAUAUUGAAGGGAAAGAAAUCACACUUUGAUUAAGAAAGUACCUACAUGGAUGGAGGGAUGCGGCGUCAUAUAGGCUUUCUGUGUCAUUAUCUUUUGCUGUGUGUGUCUCAAACAGUACUGCAUGAAAAUACGAUUGGAUUCUCGUGAACGAGCUUGACAAGUGCAGGCGCCUUCGUUUAGCCACCUGGCGCCUCUCUCCCUAUCCCAAAAUGAAUAGGGAACAAAUGGUUACCAUAUCCAGUGUAUAACCACCUUUACUUGCUACUAAUAGAUAGUUACAAUUUCAGUCCCUGCUCGAUUUAAACAUUGAUCUUAUCUGCCUGCACGUGACAUUUCAUCUUUAAUUAUUGGUGCAAUUAAUCUUAACGUUACAUGAUAUGCAAAUCUAUUACGACUAAUUCACAAUUUACCAUCUUUUUGUAUGCUUGCAUCAAAUCAUUAUGUUGCA